AGAGCAGCCUGUGAGCACAGCACGGGUCAGAGCGCCUUAUCAUCUUCUCUGUGAAAGCCAGGGGACAGAAAAGAACUAUUCAAGAGGAGAGAGGUGUGAAUCAUAUGUGAGUACACACCAGUGGCCAGACUCUGUUUCCUGUGUACUGGGUAGUCUCUGACACAAAACUGCCUCCACCCACUUCAGAUGUUCCCCCAUCUGAUCAGAAAUGAAAACACCAGCUGGGAGAAAAAAAUAAUCAUGGGAGAUCAUAAUGUCUGUGCCACAAUUGGAAAGGAUAAUAAUUCCACUAUUUGCUCGAACAUUCCCUACGAAGACACCAAGAUACUUGUAAUUGUUGUUUACAGCAUUGUUUUUGCCAUUGGUCUUCCAGCAAAUUGCUUAACUUCCAUGCUUGCACUUGUACAAAUCCGAAGGAAUAAUGCAAUUGCCAUCUACAUUUUCAGCUUAUCAUUGUGUGAUCUGAUGUAUUUAAGUACCUUGCCCCUCUGGAUUAUCUACGCACAACAGAAUCACCAAUGGACUAUGGGUGAACAGGUUUGCAAAUUAACAGGAUUCGUAUUUUUCUGCAACAUAUACAUCAGCAUUCUGCUUUUAUGCUGUAUUUCUCUGGAUCGUUAUGUGGCACUGGUGUACGCUCUGGAAUCAAGAGGGAGAAGAGGACGCAAAAAGGCAAUCAUAAUAGUAUGUUUUCUUGUUGCUGCAGUUGCAGUAAUCCACAGUCCAGUAUUUCACAUGAAUAGUAUACAUAACAGUAACUGCUUUGAGACCUUACCCCUUGACAAAACACUGGCUUCUUUCAGCUUUGCCAGAUUCCUAUUUGGAUUUGUCAUACCUUUCACAGUUCUCAUUUUCACCAACUACAAAAUUUUCCAAAGAACCAAAACAAGUGACAGUGUGACUUCUCACCAAAAAGCCAAAGUGAAGUAUCUGGCAAUUGCCAUCAUUGUCAUUUUCCUGAUGUGCUUUGCUCCCUACCAUGUGGUACUCUUAAUAAGAGCCAUAUACUUUAUGUUUCAUCAGGAUUGCUCGUGUCCAUUUGAAAGAAGUAUAUAUUCAGUUUUUACAGCGUUUCUGUGUUUAUCAACUGCAAAUGGCAUUGCUGAUCCAAUCAUCUAUGUGCUGACUAGUGAAAAUGUCAGGAAAGAUUUCUAUAGAGGUCUGAGAAGGUGGAAAUCAAACUCAUCCAGGCUCAACUCAUCCAUUAAUCACAAGACUGACAGUAGCAAAUUGAAAAUGCAAAAAGAAUCACAGGAAGGAGUGUUAGAGGAAGAAAACAAAGAGAUAUCGAGUUCAUCACAGGUGUAGGAGACCGUAUGCAGUCAUAAUAGCAAAGACCCAGAAGGUGGUAGCUAGCAGUCUGAGGCUGCAGCUGGCUGCUGACAGCAAAGAAGUUCUCAGUGUGAGUUGCAGACUGCACAGUGCAGCACACAAAUAUUUACAUGCUGAUGUCCAAAGGAAGGGUUGGUGGUUGGUUUUUUUUUUGGUUUGGUUUGUUUUUUUUUUUGCAGUACGUGGGCCAGCAACUCCUUGAGAACUCUAUGGGAAUGAAACUUCUUACUUCUGUUUCUCUCCUUUGAUGAGGUUUGCCCAUCCGUGCCAUCAGUGAAAACCUUGCUUUGCGAAGAACACGUGGAUUAAGCUGUGAAAUUUACUUUGACUCAAACUGAAGUUUUAAACGCUUAUUUUUUGGACCAGCUCUUCUCUUACAAGCCGAGAAUCAGUUUCUCCUUCUGAGCUGAACAAAAAGAAACACCCAACCUGGGAGAACAGUGCGAGGCCCAUUCUUCUGGUUGACAUCACCAGCUCUUCAGGAGGUACACGUUCAGAUUCUCAUGCAUGUAUCCUGUUGUUAAAGUUUGUGGUUAACCAGUGGAAAAUAUAAAAAAUGAGGAAGUCUUUCAUGAGCCUUGAAAAUGUUCCUAAUGCUUCAGUAUGCAGUUUAAUCUACCUUGCACGUACUGAGUAAAGGGCAAAACAGCAUCCUGGUAACGUGUACAAACAGCACUUCUACAGUAUUCAUCACGAAACAGCACUGAACAGUCUUGAAAUGCUUAAAAGUACCCUUCUACUGCUUGAUAUUUUACAGUUGGUAGAUCUUCCUUGUUUUGUUGUUGGCUCCGGAAUGUGCUGAAAUGUUUAGAAAACGUAGACAUUUUCAGAUGGAAUCACGGACUGUUUUUAUGCCUCCUCCAAAGAUCUGUUGAACCUGUGUUUCGUUUCUGACUACGAUAACGCUUCCCUCUCUGUAUCGAUCUGGAUUUUAGUGUGCAGGAUCUAUACAAGAGUAUAACCUUUCUGGCAAGGAAGGGUGGCAGCAUGGAGAACACAGUCCCUUCUCCUCGUGGAUGGGAAGUCCUUCGGACACACUGGCAGCACACACUGAGACUGUGCUGGGCAGAUUUCGUUGUUUCCGCCUCCGUUUUUGUUGUGUAUAAAGUACUGUUGGCAAUAUCCCGUGCCUUCAAACUACAGAUCACAAAAUAAGAAGCAUCUAACUCUACCACCUGGCAAGACUUACCUAAAAACCUUCUUCAUAUUUCUAUGUGACCAAAAUAGAACAUCACAAAAGUAGUGAACCGAUGGCAUGUUUAUUUCAGUUUCUGAAGUGUUCCAUAGUUCCAUUCUGCUUUAUCUGCAAUGUUGUAUUUCAGUAAUAUUUUUAAAUUGGCGUUAAUACCCCCAUUUCUGAAUUGAACUAAUAUUAGCCCUGACUACUAAAAUAUUUGUUAAUAUUUUGAAAUUGUGUUAGAUAUUUCUGCAUGUUAUACUUCAUUCUUACAUGCUUUUGGGAAGAAGCAUUGUGCCCAAAUGGCGUUUCCUCGAGCUACUGUAUUUAUGACUUAUUUAAUUCUUGUAUUAUUUAAUGAGUCCUCUGACAUCUUCCCAUGAAAUGUUUGUCUUUUCAAAGGGAGUUUGCACAAUUCUGAAUGUAAUAGAAGAGUGUUUCUUGGAAAACUGUGAAACUGUGUCGUGAUGUUAAUUAGCAAAUGGUAGUUUUCUAUUUUCACGUGCAUCUCAGAGCUCAAAUGCUCUGAGGUAAAAAGGAGAGCGCUGAAUAUCUGUACCUUUGCUGAAAAUCAAACUUCCCAUUACUAAGAAAAUCAGCAGCAGGCGUUGCUCAGAACAGCCCCAGUCAGCCAGGGGGUUGCUGAUUAAUCUCUGAAGACACGUAUGUAAGGUGCCCCAGCCUCAGGAUUUUCAUAGCCUACAUGUAAAACUUCGGUGAACAAUGGCAGUGAAUUUGGAAGAAACCAAAGAGGCGGACUUCAGACUUCUGAACUGAUUGAAAUGGCUGCAAAUGGGAUAUUCAACCUGAUGACUUUAGAAAUCUCUCCGAUGCUUUUCAUGUGAGAAAAAACAAGUGUAUUUACAUCAAACAAUAUUGGAGUCCAGCGCCAUUGAUGCAGGGGACGGGGAUCAGCAGGGUCUGACACAACAUUAGUAAUCCUUUUGCCUUGCCUAAUUCACUUACCCUUUCAAAUUACUGUAUCUUUGUGCAUCUUCUCUCAAUGAAUGUCCUUGGUGCAUCGUUGUUCCGAUACACUCUGAAAUAAACCCUUCUGCAACCCGAUCUAACUUUGAAGGUGACCUACAUGACCCUCACAGAUCCUUUCCAAUCUAACUUAUCCUGUGACAAAAUACUGAAGGGAUUACGGGGACGAGGUGAAGACACCAAGAAAUGCUAUUUCCACAUUGUCAGAGCAGCCCAUCAGAUAUACUGAGUGUUCCCACACCAUAAAUUGAAGCAUAUGAACUCACUGUUUUGUUACACAGUGUAUCAUAAAGGAAAGGAAGGAUCACAAUGCUGAGAUACUUGCUGGAGACCUAGCAAAGGAAGUUACUUAGGUCAGAACAGAUCUGAAAGGUCAAUUGGUUGUGUGGAUUACCGUUAGGUGUCUCAGUGCUCCCUGACUGGCAGCUCAGGGCCGUGCCCACUGCCCUGGGCAAGCUGUUCCAUGCCCACCACCCUGUGGGGCACAGCCUUUCCCCACCUGACCUCCUGACACAGCCCCAUGCCUUUCCCUCACCUCCUAUUGCUGUCAUCCAAGAUAAUAAAAGAUGAUUUUAAUUCUA